ACGAAAUUUCCUCACUUUUCACAUCAAAUUACACGCACUACACGAUACACUCUUCAGCUCUAUAGGUCGGAGAUUGCGAAGAGUCCCCCCUCGUCGGAGAGGGAGAGAGAUAUUACCGAUGUUCUGUUCUAUGAAAUUGCAGCUACCGAAACCUGCAAUUAACCUUGACUGCAACCACAGCUUUUCCGGAAGCAUCAGGUCCGACCGUCUUUCCCACGAUCUCAGGCUUCCGGCCCGGCCGAGGAGGUAUUUAUCCGUCAAAUCGGAGUACGGCGCCGCCGGGUCGUCUGUUCCGUCUCAUUUCACUGCGACGGUAGGAACUUCCUCUCUGUCUUCUUCUCUUCAGCUCUCUCAGUGGAACCUCACUCACCGCCAUGUCGUUAUGCUCAAUGUAGUUGCUUGCGCGGUGGCAGUUUCUGCGACCUGGCUCUUCUGCUCAGCAAUCCCCGCGCUUUUGGCUUUCAAGAGAGCAGCUGAAUCACUUGAGAAGCUCAUGGAUGUCAUGAGAGAAGAGCUUCCAGACACAAUGGCUGCUGUUAGACUAUCUGGGAUGGAGAUCAGUGACCUUACAAUGGAGCUUAGUGAUCUUGGUCAGGAAAUCACACAAGGAGUUAGGAGUUCUACUCGAGCUGUCCGGGUGGCUGAGGAGAGGUUACGUGGCUUGACAAACAUGACUUCAAGAGCAUCCUUGCAGGAGGUAACCAGUUCAAAAACUGAGGCAGCUGGACCUCCAUUUGCCACUACUGUGAGAGGUGUUAGGGAGGGCAUUGUCAAGGGUCGAGCUCUCUGGCAAAUGUUUUUCUCUUUCGCCCGAUUUUCUAGAGUGGCACUUAACUAUUUAGCCAAUCGAACGAAACGGGUAGCUAGAUGAAAAGGCUUGCAGAAGCCUUAUUGAUAGGGAUAUGAUAUCUUCAUUAUGUACAUAACAUCUGUUAAUUUUUUUGUUGGUCAUUAUCAGUCUGGAUUAUGGUUUUGCUGUUCGCCUUUCAAUUUUUUGGGUUCUAAAAUCUUGUAGCUGUAGAUUGAUUUGGUUGAGACACUGUAUUUUUUACAAAUUGCAUGAGUGAACUUUUUUUUUUUUAA